GUAUCCCGGCAAUGGGCGGGUUUCCAUGGCCAUCACCUGCUCGGCAACAGAGAUAACGGUCUGCGUUGUGCUCUGCUUUGCGCUUUCCUGUGGUCGAGCUUGGACGUCCUCCAGAGAAACGGCGAAAAGAUGAUGUCUGAUUGUGGAGGGAAGCAGCUGCACAAAGCAGGCAGUGACACAAAGUCACCAUGAUCACAGAGAGAGAGCAGACUGGCUGAGACCCUGCUGUAGAGCACCUUCUACAGAAUAUGCCUUGUCUCCAUGGUAACAGGGCAGACCCAGAAACACAUUGGGUCAAAAUGGUCCCACUCUCCUCCAAUCUACCUGCUGCUGGAUUUAACUGAAGAGAAAUAAAUAAUAUAAAUGAUCCCCAUGGUGCUGUUCAUACAUUGUUUUCUCCUUAUAUUAUACAAUAGGAGUGUACCUUUCAAAACUUGAUGUCAUUUUUAAUACAAGGCGUUACUUCCAACUUUUUUUUGGAAGGGACGUUUCACAAAAUAAAUCCAAGAUAUGAGGAGCAUCUUCAACAUUUUCCUGGAUUAUUACUGUGUGUUGGGGAUUUAUUAAUUUCCAGUUAAGCAACAGGAAUCACAAAGGUCUGUUCUAAACCAGGACUAGGAUGCACCAGCUCUUCAGUCAGGUGCUGGGCCAGAGGGACCUGUCCAGAGCGGGCGACCUUUUCUCUUUGGACGACACAGAGAUCGAAGACUGUCUGUCACAAGCCCUCGACCAGAUUAAGGCCAUCUCCUGCUCACCGGACUACUUGACCAAUGACAAUGACCAGGCAGUGGUGGAGAUUUGCAUCACGCGCAUCACCACGGCGAUCAGGGAGACGAGCUCCAUCGAGCGACACAGUGUGGCACUGGUGGGGCUGUGGGAGUCGUGUCUGGAACAUAACCUCACCCCACAAGGUGAAAACACGGAGGACACGCCGCAUGCCAAGAUAGCCUCUGACAUCACCAGCUGUAUCCUGCAGAACUACAGCUGUCCUUCAGUCAUGAUACUGGCCGUCCCGGUAGCAGUGCGGUUCCUGCAGAGAGGCAACAGGGAGCUGAGCAGGAACAUGUCGAGUUAUCUCUCCCUGGCUGCCAUCGCCAAGGCUGAUCUGUUGGCCGAGCACACAGAGGCCAUAACACUCAGUGUGCUGGGAGGUAACCCCAUGCUCCUGCGAGUGUUGCCAUCGGUUUACCCCAGACAACCAGAUACCAUCCACCGUCACCUAGGCAACCUCACUGCAAUGAUGCCACAGCUGGAGUCUCCAGAGCAACAACACCUGAUCAGGCUCAUUCAAAUUGUUGCAGAACAACAUCCACUCAUGUUGAGCCCUCAGGUCCCUUUGCUGGUCGGUUACCUCGGUGAAAAGUCUAUGACAGAGGCCGUGUUGGGCGUGCUCGUAGACGUGUCACAGGCCAGCCCCUCCUCACUGGUCAGCUUCCUCCCGGUGCUGAGGACUGUGGGACAGCAAUGCUCUGCUCUCCUGGGCCAUGUGGCCAAAAUCCACAGUGCUGUUGGCAUCAUCAGUGAGGCUCAUGCUCACAGCUCGCUGGUCUUCCUGGUGUCACUGCUGGGCACCAUGGAGCACAGCUUACACCACACGCUGCUGCUGGAGAUCCGAGCUCUGACUGACCGUUACCCGUUAUUGCUGGGAGGCUGUGGGAAGGACAUUUACAGGAUGAGCAACUCCUUUACAGCUAUAGCCAAACUGUUGGGUAGAAGACUGGAAGAGAGCGCGGCCACUCGCUGCAGGGUGGAUGAGCCAAGCCCGUCAUCUCCCUGUGCAUCUCUCCCUGGAGGUGAAGGAGGAGGAGGUGAGAAAGGACGGGGGUCGGUACAGCAACUUCAGGUGAAGUUCCAGACCAUUGAGGAGAAAAUGGGGGGAGAGAGGGUGGAGGAGGACUCGCCUGUCUGCCUGCGACGCUACAGCCCGAGCCAAGCUGUCAGAGAGGAGAGAUCCAACAGGUCAAAGAGCCUGGCGCUCCAUGCUAUGCACUCACACUCCAUCAACUCAGACAGUGGGGAGGACGGUGAUGCAGUGGAGCCAAUUCCAGACAACAUCUCCCCCAACACUUUACCUAAACAGCAGCCAGAAAACCAGAAAGCACCGCCAAGCGACAGGAAAAGGACCAGUGAUGGCUCCUCACUGCCCGUCACUGCUGCCCUGGACAGAGCGGUCAGAGAGGCAGGUAGAGGUGACAGCAAAGAGAAGGAUGAAGCUAAAGAGGAGCGGGACGAGGCUGACAGACUCUUCAUCCAUUUAAGAGACAACAUGGAGACAAUCAGAGACUUCUGUAAAGACAUGGUGAAGCAGAUCCCAGUCCCAGAUCAGUGUGUGAUAGAAGAUAUAAAUCGAGGCUGUGUGGCCAAGCUGUCGUUCUCGUGUCCUCAGAAGGGACACUACUGCCUGUAUGCCAAGUCCUGUUUCAACCUGACCAGCAGACAGCCUCACCUGUGGAUUCACAUGAUGCUGCUGCAUCUGCAGAGUAAGUCCAGUGUCCCCCUGUGCACCCGGGACGAGUGUGUCCAAAGACUGGCUUCUCUUUGGGAGAAGACGCAGCUAAAGGGAGCCCACAGUUUUCCCAUGGCUAUGACACAGCACACCACCCCACACAGGAAGGACCUAGACAGUCUUCAGAUCCAGCUGGACGAGGUGCGUUUCUUUGACCUGUUUGGAUACAGUGAAGAAGAGGGAGGUUGGCGCUGCUUCAUGUGCAACAACCCUGAGAAGGCCACAGUCGUGAACAAGGAGGGGCAGCCUCUGAUUGAGGGGAAGCUGAAGGAAAAACAAGUCCGCUGGAAGUUCAUCAAGCGCUGGAAAACGCGUUACUUCACCUUGGCAGGAAACCAGCUCCUCUUCCGCAGGGGCAAAUCAAAAGAUGAGCUGGAUGACAUUCCUAUCGAGCUGAGUAAAGUGCAGAGUGUCAAGGUCGUGGCCAAGAAGCGCCGAGAUCGGAGUCUGCCGCGGGCGUUUGAGAUCUUCACCGAUAAUAAGACGUAUGUGCUCAAAGCUCAGGACGAGAAACACACAGAGGAGUGGCUGCAGUGCAUCAACGUGGCUGUGGCUCAGGCCAGAGAGAGAGAGAACAGAGAGGCCACCACGUACCUGUGAGAGCGACACAGAUGCUGACGCAAACUCACACUGAGGAAUGUAUUUUCUCGUGGUGAGCUGUUAUUUUUAUUUUAUUUUUUUAACCUAUACCAGAGCUGUGAAAAAACAAAUGUAGUGUUUUCACUCAGAGGAAACACACUGCCAGUAACACUGUAACUAUAACUUUAUAUGUGUACUUUGUGUAGUACACACCUUCUAUUCCAGUGACGAUGAAGCACCAUUCAAAAGUUAUUAAAUAUAAUGCAGUAUUUAAUUUUUCUUUUAGGAUUUUUUUUUCUUUUUAGAAAUCAGACGUAUUCAACCAGCAAUACCAGCAUUAUAGAAGAACGGUGUUAUUUACUAUAUUUACUGUUACACCAUGUUAUUUCUCAUCCUUUCAUCAUUAAUAACUGACUCCUUUCAAUACAUUAAGUGGUAAAGACUGACUGGAUAAACCAAUGCUGCUGCAGAACUUCAACAACCAAACCAGCACAGCAUCUAUAGAAACUUUGAUUUAGCAAUAAAGGUCUUAACAGAUCUAAUAAAAAAUAUGUGUUGCAAUAAUUUCACUGUCAAAUGUUUGUAUUAAACAAGACCAAAGUUUCAAACAUUAAGGGAAACAUUGCUCUGAACUCUCAACUUUCUAAUAACGAGCUGACGUCAACUUUUCGCAAAUGUUUUUAUACAGUCACACUGACUUUUUUCAGGAUCACUAACAGAUGCUGUGGCUACAGACGAGUUUUCUCCAUCUGUUCACAAACAUCAUUCAGAUUUCCUGUCUCACUGUUCUCAUUUGCCAUGGCCAACAGAAGUGCUCUCCCAUAUUCUGCUCCUGACAAAUCUGCUGACAGAUAAGCUGACAAAUGGCGAAAUGAAGGGUACACCCUUUGACACAUUUCAUUCACUCAUUUACUCGCAGCUUUUUUUGUUUUGUUUUUAACCAAAAAGGGUGAGAACCAAUCCAGAGCAGAUGUGGAGAUACCCACCAAUGACUUUAGUUUCUUGAUAAAAUAUCAUGAUCAUCUGUGUCAGACACUGAGGACAAAGAGCAUUUCCCUCCAUCUGCAGCCAUCAUGGGCCACAUUCAGAUUAACAGGCUGACUCAACUCCACGCAGGUGUGACUCAAAUGUGAUUUAUUUUAGGUCUGUGUGGACACAGAAAUCCGAUCAUCAAUUCCAAUUUGUGAAUGGUUCUAUGUCAGAAUCAAUGUUUCAAUCAAUUGUUUGCAUUUAUUCAUUGGCUUGCACUGCAACAGCCUGGCAAAAACCAUGGAGGAGGGUAAAAUGUCACCCACAAUGCUGUCUGCAUUCAUAUUCAGGAUUAGACUCACAACUCAGACUCAGCAUGAUGCACAUGAUGACUUUAAGGAACUCUUAAGGAUUUCAUGCCAACACUACAGUCAUCAUUUUACUGUAUUUUCACAUUUACCCAGCAAACAAAACCUGGCUGUUUUCUAAAGCCUUUUCUAAAGGAAGAAGCCAGCCAUCAGAACGACAGAUGAACAAAUAAACUGGAAUUAAAAGUAAAUUACAAGUCACUGAACAGGAGGGCAAACAAAAAAAGACCAAAAAGAGAAAACACAUACUUUUACCACAGAUUUUAAGUAAAAACAGACUAAAAAGAACACAAAAACCACACAAAAAGUGAGCAGAGAAUCUUUAACCUCACCCCACAAUCGGGUUGAUUGUCCUCAGCUGUGGGAGAUCGCAGGUGCAUCCAGGAGCUCCUGAUUAACCAAGACAAUCUGUGACCUACAUUCUGAGUCUUUGACCCUUUAGUAUUUCCCACACAAACAAAUAUUAACUAAAAACCCCAUACUGGAGUGGUUUAAACAUGUAUUGCACCUUUUUGUUCAGUAGAUCAAAACUAACAAUAUGUCUGUGGAUGUCUCAGGAUCCACAUGAUGACUUUAAGGAGCUGUUUGUAAAAAAAUCUGUAAUGUUCUGCUAUUUAGUGGCAGUUUGCCUUCAGAACAACCACACGUUCAAUAAUUACAUAUUAAUACAACACACAUGCCCAGAAAAUAUCUGAGCAAAAGUGAGAAACUCUAUGAAUCUGUGCAGUGGUCGGAUCUCGGUGCUAUAAGGAUUAGGCUAUUUUAUUUGGCUUUGGAACGAGAAAUGUUUGCAACAAUUUAAUCCAUGUCUUCCAUGGAGAAUGUCCGCUCAGUUGCUGCUUAAUUCUGCUGUGGUGCUUCUGUUUGUGAAUUACAUCUUGUGAGGUACAUCUAUCUUACAUGUCCUGUUGUUGUUGUUGACACGUGCAAAAAGGUGUUUAGAUGUAAGACACUUGAAGCAUUGAAUCUAAUCUGGAAAGAAUCUGUUUUUUGUCACAUUUGAACUGUUGUUGGUUGUUUCUGUUGGAUGCAGUUGACGAAAACCCUGAUUGAAAGAUGUCAUACAGGCGAUAAGUCUCUAAAAUAGAUAUAAGAUGUUUUGUGACUACUUUUUUCCGGGCAGUUGAAUCUCACGUGUCAUCAUAGAUAAAUAGUUGUAAUUCAGAGAGGGUGUAGGGUAUAGAUAAACCAUAUAGCAUGUUUAAACUGCAGGACCAGUGGAGAGGGAGGCGUUACCCAUGGGUACACACGUGGAGCUAAUUCAAUUAAACGAUUUUAAAAAGAAGGAUGAGGGACGAAUGUCAAGGGGCCUGAAUUUGAGCAACAACAUUAAAGCUUUAGCUCACAAGGUUGGAGCUGCAAUCACUUUUUCUGACAAGUGGAAAGGUGAAGAGGUUUGAUAUUAGAGAAAGGGUUGAGAAGGUACAGUAACUGCUACACAUCAGCUCUUGUUUUUAUAGUCAUAAAUAGUCUUGUGUUUAUAGUUCCAAAGACACAUUUUGUUGCUCAACAAAAUGAUCCUGUCAUCCUUUAUCGUUUCAUUCCAACUGAUUAAAAGCUUGUUAUAAAGUGCAGUGGACCUCAGCGUGGUGGCCUUCUAUCAGUGUGUUGUGCUCCACAUAUAAAAGGUAAGAUUCCCUUUUUACCAACACCUUCCACUACAGUCAUCUGUUUAAUGUGUUGUCACUUAAACAAACCUGGCUGUAAGGUUUUCUAAAGGAAGAAGCCAGCCACAUAGUUCUAUCAGAAUGACAGACGAACAAACAACAAACAAGGAAUUAAAAGUAAACUUCAAGUCACUGAACAGGAGGGGAAACAAAAAAAAAGACCAAUAGGAGAAAACUCAUACUUUCACUCGUAUUUUCAGUAAAAACAGACUAAAAAGAACCAUUUGGAGACACAAAAAUCAAGUGAGCAGAGAAUCUUUAACCUCACCUCACAAUCAGGUCGAUUGUCCUCAGCUGUGGGAGAACACAGGUGCAGCCAGGAGCUCCUGAUUAACCAAGACAAUCUGUGACCUACAUUCUGAGUCUUUUCCCACACAAACAAAUAUUAUCUAGAAUGUAUGGACAAAAAAAACAUCUUUCAGUACAUUAAGUGGUAAAGACUGACUGGAUAAACCAAUGCUGCUGCAGAACUUCAACCACCAAACCAGCGCAGCAUCUACAGAAACUUUGACCAACAACACACAUGCCCAGACAAUAUUGUGCCGCUACCUUUUCUUUUUGUUCUUGUCCAAAAUGAGAAACUUUAUGAAUCUGUGCGGCGAUGUGAGUUCUGUUCUUUUGCAAUGUCGGUGCUAUUAGGAUGAGGCUAUUUUUGGUUUAGUCCAUGUCCUUGCAUGGAGAAUGUCCGCUCAGUUGUUGCUUAAUAUUUGAGUGUAGAACACAGAUUUCUAAGAACUCAUUUAAGUACAUUAGUGGUUUCUUUAUGUUGUAAGAAAUGGUGCCAGUUCAGUCAAAGGUUUUGUUUUAAAAGCCAGGCACUGAAAGUGACCUUUCAUUUAAAAACAACCGUUUCAGAGGUUGGAGGCAAAAAGUGUUUUUUUGGUCUUUGGAUGAUGAAAAAGAAAACAUCUCACAUGUAAAACUUCGAGCUAGAGUUCUUACUCAGAUUUCCUGAUCCUCUUCUCUGUAGUCACUCCCAUCUGUUCAUUUUUCAUUUUCCACCCCCCAAACAUCAACUUCAUACUGAGGUGAAAUACUGUAAGUCCCUUAUCAUGAUGCAGAUGACAAGCAUUUCUUGACCCAGUUAAACUCGGCCGUAGCAAAUCAA